AUGGCGCCGAUUCUCAGACCUCGAAUGAGCCUGUCAAAGGACAGGUUCCCAACUUACUUUAAUAACCUAAGGAGUCAGCCAUAUACUAAUCCGAACUCAUCACGGGCAGCCGGCCCGUUGAAUUUGAGAUCAAUUGCAUGGAACCCCCCUGGGACUCUGGUUGCCACGGGUUCAGCAGAUAGGACAUUGCGAGUCUGGAAUCCAGAAAAACCCAAUGUCAAGUUUUCAACGGAGCUCAAAGGUCACCAGGCAGGCAUCGAAAAAGUAGCCUUUAAUCCUACAAAAGAUGCUGAGCUGUGCAGCUUAAGCAGUGACGGUGUGGUACGAUUUUGGGAUGUCAGGACCAAGGCUUGCUUCAAUGAAGUUACAGGUCUAGGAGACGCGAUGACGCUCGUUUGGGCCCCAGAUGGGCAGACACUGCUCGUCGGAAACAGGUCGGAUAACAUCUUUGUUCUAUCACCAACACAAUCGACCCCUCUGGCCUCACACCAGCAGACAGUGCAAACGAAUCAAAUUGCCUUUUGCUGGAGUGGGAAGAAGAUAUUUGUCACGACGUCAGAAGGGCAGAUUAGGAUACUAUCAUAUCCCGAGUUUGAGCCGGUGUUGCGUCUAGGAGACGGCGACGAUGCCGCCGAGUUCACUCUCAAGGGUCAUACCGCUUCAUGCCUGACCGCCGAGCUGCAGCCCAUGGGCCGCUAUCUCGCCACGGGAGGAGCCAACUCCAUUAUAGCGCUAUGGGAUACCACAGACUGGCUGUGCCAGAGGACGAUCACAAGGAUGACGGGCCCCGUGAGGAGUAUAAGUUUCACAUUUGAUGGUAGCUACGUCGUCGGCGGAAGUGACGAAGGCAACGGACUGGAAGUAACGCACGUCGAGACGGGGGAGCACGUCCACACGUUCAAGACGGCCGGAUCAUGUCCAGUGGUGGCUUGGGCGCCAACCCGCUACUGUUUGGCGUAUAGCGAUCUUGGUGUCCUGCGAAUUGUGGGGGUAGAUCUCGACAGAAAGUAA